AUGCUGUCCCUCGGCGUUGUGAAAGGUAAUGAACUGCUGAGUAAUUCUUACUCAUUCCCAAGGGUUUAGAAGUUUGCAGCUCAUUCUGCAGGGCUCUACUUUUAAGCUGCAUAGUAAAGGUAUGCAGGUCCAGUCGUGACCGACUCUGGGGUUGCGGCGCUCAUCUUGCUUUAUUGGCUGAGGGAGCCGGCGUACAGCUUCUGGGUCAUGUGGUCAGCAUGACUAAGCCGCUUCUGGUGAACCAGAGCAGCACACGGAAACGCCAUUUACCUUCCCGCCAGAGCGGUACCUAUUUAUCUACUUGCACUUUGACGUGCUUUCAAACUGCUAGGUUGGCAGGAGCUGGGACUGAGAACGGGAGCUCACCCCAUUGGGGGAUUUGAACCGCCGACCUUCUGAUCGGCAAGUCCUAGGCUCUGUAGUUUAACCCACACCACCACCCGUGUCUCUUUUUUAAGCUGCAUACCCUCCAACAUUCUUCAGAUGAAAAUAGGGACAUUUCUCACUGCCCCCCCCCGGCAUUUUUUGUCCCCUGCAACAGAACAUUUCCAAUCAGAAGAAGGGCAAGUGUCUGCAUUAUGCAAGUGACUUAGCUAACACUUUGUGCAUUCAUUAGAUGGCGUCAUUCUACCUAGCGAUGAGGAUCGAAAGAGGAUCAUCACCCAGAUGAAAGUGCGAACAACACUGAAAGGGGAUAAGAGCUGGAUUCAGCAGAGAUCGGACCCUGAGGAGGAGCAGAACCACAGCCCAUUGUGAGUAGAGGCAUUCACCUGCCUUGCCUGCAAGAUUGCUGCUCCAUCUGCCCAGUCCUCUUUCCAAUGCUGCCAAAAGAUAAUAUCUCAAUCAUCACCCAAUUUCUCAGAGAAAAGUUCACAAGGGAUCAGACUUCAGAUUUUGCAUUGUGUGCAGUGCUAUUGAAUAUGAAGAGCCUUGUAUUUUUUUUAAAAAGGCAGUUGACGAGCAGCUGGUGUCUGCCAGAGCACUGAGAGACAUUGGCAUGCAAUUGAAGAUCCAGAGCACCAAAGAUCCAUUUAUUCACUUUCCUCUGAAGGUGCAGCCUGUAAAGAGGGAACAACUAGGAUUUUAGAUUCUUUGUCAGCUAUCUCAUAUGUAAGCAAGUGUAUGUCUGAGGUUUUAUGUUUGUCCUAGCACAGGAGAGGGUGGAACCUUCGGCCCCUGAGCCAAUCGCCCAGCCAGGUUACAAGUUGUCCUGCAAAGCCAUUUCUCCCAAACUACAUCUGCCUGUCUAUCAGCUGGUGUCCGUGCAGGGAAUACACUGACAAAGCAGACCCCUGCAGACAAAAGGAUUGAAUCCCCACUUCACCAGCUGGUGAACACGGAGUUCAAUCCUGAAGGGUGCUGCUUUGCCAGUGCAUUCUCUGUGGGGAAUAUACUGACAAGGCAGAACCCCCUCACCCUUGUAAGUCAGUUUUGCCAGGUGGGGAGAAGUGCCCAUCUAUCAAUUGUCUCGGGCUGGAGGAAUCUGUUCUCUCAUUUUCUUAGUUUUCCACUCUCCAAAUUUUGCAACAAUUUAGAAUCUUUUUAAUUAGAAAAAAAAAUCAUGAAAAUUCUUCAGCAUUUUAGUGUAAAUUUCUCCAGAUAAGUACAUUUUUGUACAAGCAGUUUUGACCAAUAUACACAUUUUGCAGAAGACUUCCUGUAACAUGGUGAAUUUUUGUAUAUUAUGAUUCUCCUGCUUGGAGAAUAGCAUCUCAACAUUCGGACAACUGCAAAUUUCAAAGGAUGGUUGUGUUUUGGUUCUCCAGAUUUUAUGGCGAAGGGUGUGUAAUGAAUAAAUAUUGAUAUAAUGAGAUCAAUAUUGAUAUAUUGAUUUAAAUAUUGAUAAUAAUAACUGAAAGAGCUGGAAAGCCUGUUUCACCAGGGCUGCUUCCACCACACUGAUUUCUCACUUUUGCCUCUCUUUUCCCCUCUCCCGUCCAACAGGCAUUCACCAUUGAGGACCAGGGGCACCACUGGGAAAUCUCCUGCCUCACCGAAGAGUUUGUCACCGACUCGCAGGUGCCUUUGAUGAACCGCCUUCACACAUCUUGCUUCCUUUGGGAUCUAUCCACUGGCGAUUCUGUGUGGGCUUUGUAGGGUUUGAGAUGCAUUCUGGACUUAGAACAUUUUGAGAUGCAGCAGUGCCACAUUUGUCCUAGUGGACCAGCCUCCACUAGAGAAAAAUCAAUGUAUAUGCACCGAGGGCCUUCUGGCGGUUCCCUCACUGCGAGAAGCCAAGUUACAGGGAACCAGGCAGAGGGCCUUCUCAGUAGUGGCACCCUCCCUGUGGAAUGCCCUCCCUCCAGAUGUCAAAGAGAACAACAACUACCAAACUUUUAGAAGACAUCUGAAGGUGGCCCUGUUUAGGGAGGCUUUUAAUGUUUGAUGUAGUACAGUAUUUUAUUAUUUUUUUGGGAAGCCGCCCAGAGUGGCUGGGGAAGCCCAGCCAGAUGGGCGGGGUAUAAAUAAUAAAUUAUUAUUAUUAUUAUUAUUAUUAUUAUUAUUAUUAUUAUUGCUAAUUACAUAAUAGACUUUUAUACAGCUUGAUGUUUAUUUAAGAGGAAUUGAUUUUUUUAAAAUAACAAAAUAUACCCAAAAAUAUACUUUGCUUCCCCAUACAGGAAUGGUAGACCUUUCUCAGUGUUAGAGCACAUAAGAACAGCCAAGCUAGAUCAAACAAAAGGCCCAUCUAGUUUUGUUUUCACAGUGGCCAACCAGAUGCUCAUGGAAAGCUCUCGUGCAGGACAUAAGCACUCUUCUUUUGGCUGCAUAAGGUCCCAGGUUCAUUUGUCAGUUAAAAGGAACCCACAUUGCAGAGCUGGAAGGAUGCCUCUGCAUGAUAUUCUGGGAAGCUGUUGCCAGUCUGAGAAUAUAAUAUUUGGUUAGAUGGGUCAAGAAUCUGACUCAAUACGGUAUAAGACAGUUUCCUUAAUUUAUAUACUUCUUAUCAUGGCAGUUGCCUCAACUGCUCAGCUACCUUCAAAGGCUACUAGGCAAACAUCAGUCUACAUAAAAGUCAAGUGACAGUAAGCUCUUCCUUAGCCAAAUGCAAUAGGACUCAAAUUCCAUCAUGAAUUUGUGAUGGUUUAUCCUGCUAUGGUGUUGUCUUUUGUCAUCUGGUAAUAUUUCUCUUCUGUUCUUCCAGAUUAGCCUUUGCUGAACCACCUUCCCAAGCAGAACCACAGUCUCCAAAAAGUUAUGCCAAAAAGUUAGUGACUCCCUUUUACUGCAAAAAGUACAGCACUUAAUGGGGGAGAGGUGUAUGGUUACCUUAGAUAAAGUUUGGCAUUGCAGGUUGUAGUCUGUGAAUUUCAGAUUGUGUAUGUGUUUACUGUACUUCUCUGUAAAAACUAGAUAUCAAAGUUCUCCUGAACCAGGCUAGGAAAUGAACAUCAAGCAGUUGUAAAUCCCACCUUACAAUGAGAGAGGAACUUUUAAAAACCCUGCAAUUCUUCUCUGGCUUCGAUUAAAAACUGAGCUGGAGAAGAAUUUGCAGCUUCUCCCCAGCCAAUAUCUACCAUCCUUUUGUAUCCUCCCCAGCCCCAAACUCAGUAGUUCCUUCCUUUCUCAGGUAAAAAAUAAAUUGUACAGGAUGGAUGUAGUUCUUCCAAUGAUUCUUCCAAUGCUUUUAAAAAACAAAACACACAUUUCCCCAACAACUUGUUGACCACUGGGGCAAAUGUAGUUUCCCCACAACUGCAGUACUUCUCUAUGGAAAUGUCAAUGCCAAUAGUCUGGAUAAAACCUUAAGUGUUUGUCUCUGCAUAUUUUUCUCCUUUUGCCCAUAAUGUAUUUCUGUUCUCUACCUAGAUCUCCCAGUGCCACAUCACCUUCUGGGUACCUCAUCAGGUGAGAGAGAUGGGACUGGAAAGAAGGAAAGCAUUUUGCUUUGGAUAUAGAAUCAUAGAAUGAAGGAGAGUCCACCACCAAAAAAGUCAAAUCCACCCACAAACAGCUCUUAAUGUCAGAAAGUUAUUCCUGAUAUUUAAUCAGAAAUUCCUUUCUUGUAACUUGAAUCCAUUGGUAUGGGUCCUGGUAUGGUAUGGUAUGAGCAACAGAAAACAAGCUUGUUCCAUCUUCUGCAGGACAGUCCUUUAGAUAUUUGAAUAUGGCUAUCAUAUCUCUCCUCAGUCUCCUCUUAUCCAGGCUAAAUAUACUCAACUCCUUCAACCAUUCCUCUUAAGGUUUGCUUUCCAGACCCUUGACCAAGGCAGAAUACAACGGUACUACAGUGGUACCUCGCAAGACGAAUGCCUCGCAAGACGAAAAACGCGCAAGACGAAAGAGUUUUCCGUUUUUUGAGUCGUUCCGCAAGACGAAUUUCCCUAUGGGCUUGCUUCGCAAGAUGAAACGUCUUGCGAGUUCUUGCGAGUUUGUUUCCUUUUUCUUAAAGCCGCUAAGCUGUUAAUAGCCGCUAAGCCGCUAAGCCGUUAAUAGCCGCUAAGCCGCUAAUAGCUGCUAAGCCGCUAAGCAGCUAAUAGCCGUGCUUCGCAAGACGAAAAAACCGCAAGACGAAGAGACUCGUGGAACGGAUUAAUUUCGUCUUGUGAGGCACCACUGUAUUAUGUCUCUUAAUAAGGACACUAGACUUCUGUUGAUGCAGUCUAGAAUAGCAUUAGCUGUUUUUUUGCUGCCGUAUAACACUGUUGACUCAUAUGAAGCUUGUGGUCUGCUAAGACCCCUAAAUCCUUUUCACAUGUACUACUGGCAUGCCAAGUGUCCCCCAUCUUAUAUUUGUGCAGCUGGUGAUUCCUGCUUAAGUGUGUUCUCCUGGUGGUGCAGCAAUAAAAUUGCCAGCACAUUUGCAAAGCUAAGGAGAGUCUGGUAUAGUUUCAAACUGGUACAAAUCCACCUAACAUUGCCCAGCCCACAUUUUACCAGAUUCUCUGCAAGAAUAUCAUGGGGGACUUUGAAAUCAAGUUACACUAUGUCCUUAUGUAGAUCAAGAUACACAAAGUUCACAGCAUUCCCAGAUCCACCAAGCUUGUAAUGUGCUGCGUGAUCUUGGAAGUUACUUAUAUCUUUUCUCUCUCUGUCUCUCUUUUAGAGGGGUUUUCACCAAGACCAUUGAUAAGACUACUCCUUUGAACACAGCAUCCAAUGGCUCACAAAAGAGGUGUGUUUGAUUAAUCCCUGAUCUUGGGACAGACACAUGGCUUUGUCAAUGAAGUCAAAUCCAUACAAUUCAAGCACACCCCUUGCCAGAAAUAAGGGGGGGGUGGUUUAAGGAUGGGCAAUCAUUGCAGAACCAUCAGAAUAUAAAUACAGGUAGCUCACAUUUGUCUAAAAAACAGUGCCUACUCAGAAGUAGUUAUGAUAGAAUGGUAGAAUCAUAAAGUUGGAAGGGAUUCCAUGGACCUUCUAGUCCCAUGGUUCCCAACGUGGGGCACCCUCCCCACAGGGGGGCAAUUUGAUUUUUUAGGGGGGGCAAUUCGAGAAUGAGUUAGACCAAGUUAAUGGCCUUUUAGGCUUCCUCCACAUCUGGGCACGCGGGUGGCGCUGUGGGUUAAACCACAGAGCCUAGGACUUGAUGGUCAGAAGGUCGGCGGUUCGAAUCCCCGCGACGGAAUGAGCUCCCGUUGCUCGGUCCCUGCUCCUGUCAACCUAGCAGUUCGAAAGAAUGUCAAAGUGCAAGUAGAUAAAUAGGUACUGCUCCGGCGAGAAGGUAAACGGUGUUUCCAUGCGCUGCUCUGGUUCGCCAGAAGCGGCUUAGUCAUGCUGGCCACAUGACCCAGAAGCUGUACACUGCCUCCCUCGGCCAAUAAAGCAAGAUGAGCGCUGCAACCCCAGAGUCGGUCACGACUGGACCUAUUGGUCAGGGGUCCCUUUACUUUUACCUUUACCUUUACCAUGUGAAUAGGAGUUCACUUUUUGAAUAAUAAUAAUAAUAAUAAUAAUAAUAAUAACUUUGUUAUUUAUACCCUGCCCAUCUGGCUGGGUUUCCCCAGCCACCCUGGGGGGUCUUCCAACAAAAUAUUGAAAAUUCAACAAAAUAAUAAGAAUUAUAUGUCCAGGGGGGCGGGGGCAGUUCCAGGAUUUUAGAGAUGAUUAGGUGGGGCAUGGCCAAAAAAAGCUUGGGAACUACUGAUCUAGUCCAACCCCCUGCAAUGCAGGAAGGUUCAAUGGGGCUUACUCCCUGGUAAGUGUGUAUAAUCCCAAAAUUAUUAAAUUGUACUGUGUCCAAGAGUGUAACUGGAUAGUCUUGCUGCUCACUUUAUCCUGUAUCAAGUAAAAAUCUUGAAGCUUACUUAAAAGAAAGAAAGCUGGACAUUUAGAAAAGUGGGGUGGCUAAGAGGCUGGGACAUCUGUGGAUACAAAACCUCAGACCUUUGACACUGCAACUUCUGCACACUCACCGUUAUAUUAUGAGGAUAUAACCCUGCAGACACAUCACUUCUGUUUGUUCAAACCACUGAUUAUCUCUGGGCGUGUUCUGCUUUCAGUGCCAAGAGCGCCAGCCUGCCCCGCUUCAGUCAAGGGCACAAGAUGAGUACUGAGGAGUACAAGAAACUGUGAGUAUACCCAGAGGGGAUUUGCUCCCCUCCUCUAAGAAACCCCAUCUUGGUCCGGGCAGGCACAUCAUAUGUAAUGCUCAACAGAACUCAAUCACAGGCAAGGAAGACACAUUCUGAUUGAUGCUGGGUUUUGUGUGUGUUAUUUUUACAAAAAAAGCCUCAAAGUGAAUUGCCCCACAUUUUAAAAGAUCAAACUAUUUAUCCAGUGUUUAAAACUAGGUACGUAGAAUAAGCACAAAAUAAAAACCGAAACGUGUUUAUCCGGCAACAUGAAUAAAAAGGAUGCAUCCAGCCCAACCUUGCUAAAAGAACAAUGUUCAUUUAUUAUUAUUUAGACUCAUAUACCACCCUUCAUCACAAGAUCUCAGAGCAGUUCACAAGAUAAAACACUGCAUAUUUGCUUGAACAUUAUCACUUUCCACAAUACAACAGCACAACCUGACAAUUAACAAAUAAAAACAAGAAGAAGAAAAAAACUUGGAUUCUUUUUUGUUUUGUUCCUCUUUUCGUGUCAGGGGAGAUUUCUUAUAGUAACAUAGGAAAUGGCCUCAUACAGAGCCAUACCAUUGGUUCCUCUGGCUUAGUAUUGUCUACACUGACUGGCAGCAGUUCUCCAGGUUUCAGCCCUACCUGGAGGUGCCAGGAAUUGAACCUGGGACCUUCUGUGUGCAAAGCAGAUGCUCUGCAACUGAGCUACAUCCUUUUCAGCUCCCUCCUACACCUGCAGCCCAUCUGCUCCAUAUACCAUGCCAUUCUCAAGGAGCUCCUAAGCCCAGGAUCACAUUUCCAGGAGGAGCAGGGUGAUGCAGAUGGAAGGGUGAGGCAGGGAGGUCUAAUUCUGGGAACAGGAGCUAUGCUCCAUUCACUGAAUGGAAGCUAGAAUCCAAGCCAAAGGCAACAAAUGAACUAAAUUCCCCCCACUCCCGUUACUUUACAUAACAAUGAUGGCAGUUAUCUGUCAGUAUUGGACAGCAGUCAGACACCCUGUGACACAAAGCGCCUUUUAGUUUCAGUCGCUCUCUCUCCAUCUUUCAUCUUCCCAAUGCUCAGUUUUGUUGCUUUGCUCCCUCCUUUUUUCCUUUCUCUUCUCUCUCUGGUUGUUCUUCAGCUCUCACUAACCACCAUCACCUCCUUGCCUUUCCAGCAAGCUCUAUGCUCCUUCUUUCACUUUAUUGGUUCAGGAGAAAGUACUCUUUGUUGAGAAAAUCCCAGCAGAGAUUUAAAAUCACAAAAUAUGCAGUAAAGCAAAGGGUGGAAAUAUAGGCCAUUUAGACCUUUAAAAUAUGUCUUUCCAAGUGAGUUCCAAAACAGUCCCCUCUUUCCCCAGCAUAGGAGAAGACCACAUGUUAAGUAAGUUACAAAUGGUUUCCUUACAAACUCUCCAAAGGUCUGGUUCAUGUGCUUUUCCACACAUCGGUCAUGAAAGUUGCACAGGCAGCAAGGCCGGCCCACCCAUGAAGCAAGGUGAGGCAACUGCCCCAGGUGGCAGGAUCCACAGGGCAGGAGAUCUCAGUGUAGGUCUUUAUUCCACCCUUGUUCCUGAUGUAGAACAUCCCUGGUGGGGAGGAAGGUACCAUGUCUUGGGCCAGCCCUUCAUGCAUUAAUUAAACUUAAGCAUGUCAGUUAGAUGAGGCUGGUUAUCUCACAUGCUUUCCCUACAUCCUAUGAUCUCACAGUCCAGAUCAUUCCCUCCCAUUCCCAAAGUUCAGAGGGGCAUGUGGAUCCUUAUGUAGCCACAAGAGGGAGGUAUUGGCAGGCUUUAGAGAAUCCAAAGUGUACUUUGCUGUCUUUCACUGUGGUUGGGGCUGUUGUAGAGAGGUGAGGCUGAAGCACAGCUUCCUUCUGUGGCUGUUUGCUGAAAAUAAUAACAAUCCACCUCUUCUUUCUUAUACAUGAUCCAGGGCUCCUUAUAACAUCAAACGAGAGCUAUCCGAACCAGGUGACGUGGAGCCUUCCGUUUCCCCAGAUGAGCAACAAAAGAGGUACCUCAUCACAACUGCAGCAGACUGCACAUUGAGGGUUAUGUUUGAAAGCAAUAGAGUUCAGUCCCUGGAGCUGAGAGAGCACCAUCAAGAAUGAGCUCUUGUACAGCUGUGCAUGGGGGAUUUACGGUACAAUCCAAAUCCCAGACUCACCAGAAUGGGGAGCUUUGGAUCCAGCGGGUUUUGGGCUGCCCCAGCCGAGCCAGGGCUUUGUUGUUGUUUAGUCGUUUAGUCGUGUCCGACUCUUCGUGACCCCAUGGACCAGAGCACGCUAGGCACUUCUGCCUCCCACAGUUUGGUCAAACUCAUGUUGGUAGCUUUGAGAACACUGUCCAACCAUCUUGUCCUCUGUCGUCCCCUUCUCCUUGUGCCCUCCAUCUUUCCCAACAUCAGGGUCUUUUCCAGGGAGUCUUCUCUUCUCAUGAGGUGGCCAAAGUAUUGGAGCCUCAGCUUCAGGAUCUGUCCUUCCAGUGAGCACUCAGGGCUGAUUUCCUUAAGAAUGAAUAGGUUUGAUCUUCUUGCAGUCCAUGGGACUCUCAAGAGUCUCCUCCAGCACCAUAUUUCAAAAGCAUCUAUUCUUCGGCGAUCAGCUUUCUUUAUGGUCCAGCUCUCACUUCCAUACAUCACUACUGGGAAAACCAUAGCUUUAACUAUAUGGACCUUUGUUGGCAAGGUUAGCCAGGGCUAUGUUGGCAUAAAUCUCCCACCCAGGCUGAGCUGCUGCAAUGCCAGGGUAGCUUAAGUAGGCAUAGCCCCCUCCCAUGAAAGGGGCAUUCCAAGGGGGUGGCGGGAGAGAGGGAGAUAAUUGCACUAAUUCCAAACAUCUUUCAGCUCAGUCACAUGAACCAGCAACCUAGCAACAGUUCAUAUAGAUUGGAUUGCUCUGUUAGACCAGGUUCUCGUGUGUCUGACUGCACUUCUUCCAACUGCAGCUGUGGGCUCACAUGAUUAAAUGCUACUUCAUAUGAAAAGUUCCAUCUGCACAGAAAACCAGCAAGUUUUCUGUGCUCAAGGAUUUGUUGAUUUGUGUGGAGCUUUCAGUCAAGAGAGCCUUCAUCUGCAGUCUGAAGCAAACAGUACAAGGUGGCCAUAUGAGACCACAGAGGACAGUCCUUGAAAGACUGUCCAGUCCAAGUCUGAUUUAGAGGUAAGGGACCCUAAGAAAGGAGAGAAGGGGCUUUGAAGUUGCCCACCAACAGGGAGCAGCUGUUGCCCACCAACAAGGCAGCAGAGAGAGCAAGCAUACAAGUCACCUAGUCAGUCUUGGCCACAGUGAUUAUUUCCAAAUAUGUAUCUAUAAAUAUAAAUCAGUAUAUGCAAAUUUCAUACAGGCCUGUGUCAUCUUUCUUUAGUCCUAUAUUUGUGGUGACGUAUUUCAUCUCUUUUGGCAAUGUGUAAGAUACCAAACCUAAUGAGAGUAGUCUAUACAGUUCUGUAUAUUCUGUGAUUAAACUUUACAGAUGUAGAAACUGGCAUGUCCUACUUCCUUUCUCUCUUCCCCUCACAGGACUGAAGCUGCGAGCAGCGUGCUUAGGAGAACAGCCAGCAGGGAGCGCUCCUAUGUCCUUUCAGCUGCUAAGAAAAGCAAUGGGUGAGUUUGAGCGGAGGGAAGGGGAUUUAUUAACAAGAGAAACAAAAGAACAGUUCUUAGUGACAUUUGAAGGUGUAACAACCUGAAACAGGCCAGCAGAAUUAUGACAGGAUUUUUGAAUUAACUCAUUUGAAAUUGGCAUGGAUUGGAAAUAGACCAGAAAUUGGCAUGGAUUGGAAAUAGACCAGUCUCUCCACCCCUACCAAACACAUACCGUAUUUUUUGCUCUAUAAGACGCACCAGACCACAAGACGCACCUAGUUUUUGGAGGAGGAAAACAAGAAAAAAAAUAUUCUGAAUCUCAGAAGCCAGAACAGCAAGAGGGAUUGCUGUGCAGUGAAAGCAACAAUCCCUCUUGCUGUUCUGGCUUCUGGGAUAGCUGUGCAGCCUGCAUUCGCUCCAUAAGACGCACACACAUUUCUCCUUGCUUUUUAGGAGGGAAAAAGUGAGUCUUAUAGAGCAAAAAAUACGGUACAUACACAUUUUGUCAGGUUGUACUCUUCAUAGUGGGACACAGGUGGCACUGUGGGUUAAACCACAGAGCCUAGGACUUGCUGAUCAGAAGGUCGGCGGUUUGAAUCCCUGUGAUGGGGUUGCUCGGUCCCAGCUCCUGCCAACCUAGUAGUUCAAAGCACAUCAAAGUGCAAGUAGAUAAAUAGGUACCAUUCCGGCGGGAAGGUAAACGGUGUUUCCGUGUGCUGCUCUGGUUUGCCAGAAGCGGCUUAGUCAUGCUGGCCACAUGACCCAAAAGCUGUAUACCGGCUCCCUCGGCCAAUAAAGUGAGAUGAGCGUCGCAACUCCAGAGUCAGCCAUGACUGGACCUAACAGUCAGAGGUCCCUUUACCUUUUACUCUUCAUAGCACUAUAUUUAACAGUGGCAUUCAUGGCUCUCCAGUUGUAGUUAUUGGACUACAACCCCCUGCAUCCCUCAAUAUUGGCUUGGCUUGGCAGGAGUUGGUAUUCAACAACAAACUGGAGGGCCAUAGGUUCCUCACCUGUACUUUAGAUUUUACACAGGAGUUAUGGGAGGAAAACAACAAACAAGGUUUCAAGGAUUCCUUUGAGGGGGUUGGGCAGAAGAAGAGGAAAGGUUGACUGAAGGUUGUGUACUAACAGCAUGGGAUGAGGGAGCAGGCAGAGGUGUGUUUUUGUAAGGAAAGUGGUGGUGGCAUUGCCACCUAUCACUUUUAUUCACAAAACGAUGAAUAAAAACACAUGAGCAGUUGAGCUUUUGAAAGUUAUGGUGACCUCAACUCACCCUACUGAUGGGUUUUAAUACUUGUGUGUUUUUAGAAGUCCAACGCAAGAGCCACCAUCCUUCGUGGCCAAGAGGUGAGUUAGGCCCCUUGUUGUCUCCCUACUGGUUCAAUGGUCCGGAUGAGGAUGGACAACAAAGAGUCUUACAGGACCUUAUUGACUAUCCAAUGUAUUAUAUGGCACAAGCUUCUCUGGAGUGGAGUCCACUUUCUCAGAUGCCAGCCCAGAAAAACUUAUGCUAUAAUAAAUUGAGUAGUCUCCAAGGCCGGGUGGAAUUGUGCCUUUGUGCUGCUUUGCUCCAUUUUUUUGAUGUCCCCAAUGAAAUUGCUUUUCAAAAACAAACACACCAAAUUGGGGUGGGUGGUAGGAGAACAUAAGAGCUCUGUCAAAUACGUGGCACACCUCACAACCUAAAAAUGAAGUGUGUGCAAAGAGAGGGACAAUGCAACUUAUACUUGGGGCUUUUUGUCUUCCUGAUAGGAUUGAUCUAGAGGAUGACACAGGCCCACGCUCCAGAAGUCAGACAGUGCCUGCUUCAGGAUGGUUCAGCCGCCGUGGGAAGAGGUAAGACCCUUUGGUCAAUAUGAAAGUGAUUCUCACUUUAGAUGUCUCUGCAUGCCCACCAUUUGGUGUGGGAGAAAACAGUCCCCCAAUUGCAUCUCUGGAUAGUGGCCCCUAUUGCCUUAUGGCUAGACUCUGAUAUCUCUCACCAUGACUAGGGGAUGGGCAAAUCUGUAAAUCUCGGCUUCUCUCAGUUUCAGUUUUCUAAUCUUCAGUUCCCCUUUCCACAUCAGAAAGCCACCAUGAAAAUUCAUCAGCAUUUUAGUGUGAACUUCUUCCAAUGCACAAAUAUUUGAAUGCAAUCUUGUGUAAUGUACACAAUUUUGUAAAGCAAUUUCUCCAUAAAUAAUACAUUGCUUAUGUUAUUUGCACUAAUAUAUGCAUUUUUAUGGACACUUUACCCUAGCAUAUGGAUUGUUGCACACAUUUCCAUAGCAGGAGAGCUGCAUGGAGAAGUGCGAGUUUCGAAAGAUGGCUGUGUUUUGGUUCAUGUACUAUUUUGGCAUAUGCGAAUUAAGCAAGUUCACAUUUAAAUGAGAAUUUAAUCAAAUUUCUCUCCCAUCCCUAAUCAGGACAUCUGUAUCUGGCAGCCACCUUCCUUCCUUCCUUACCUGCUGUCCUGACCCUUCACCAAUUCUUCCCUGCCUGCCUGCCUGCAACUCCCCCGCCUUUCUUUUUUCCUUUCCUUUUCAUAGAGUUUAUGUGCUGCAGUGCUAGACGUGUAUUUUAAACAAUAAAAAAAUAGCUUAGGAAAUGAUGGCAUAGUUUUGUGAGGAAGCAAGUAGCUUUGUUGCAGCUUCCGAAACAGAAAAAGAAACAAAAGACCUGCAUUUGUUAGAGCAAAAUGUGGAAAAAGUCCAGCUUGAAUUAUACAAUGUUGCCCGAUUCUGGAUUUUUCCAAAUACCUGCUGCUGAGCUGGAUUUUAUUAUUUAAACCAGGGGUGGGAACCCCAAGCCAUGAAAACUAAAUGAAACCCUAAGGUGUUGCAAUCUAGCCCAUGGAACUCUUGGUAGGCCACACCUCCUCUCAGAGGCCACACCCUCCUUGAAUACUUUCACCUGACUGACAUGGAUCCUUGAAUUGUCAUAAGGCUCCUAACCUUCACGGAAGGAAGGUGGAGAGAUGCUGUGUGUGUUGUUUAGUAAUUUCUGUCUUUUACUUGUCAGAAAUGUACUGUAGAAAAGUAAGCGUCACAUCCAUUAUUCUUUCCACUUCUGCAUCUGGCCCCCUGCCUACCACUGGCAUGUGGCCCCCAGAAGGUUACCCAUGAAGGGAUGCGGCCCUUGGGCUGAUUACCCAUCCCUAAUUUACACCCUGAUAUUAAUGGUAGAAACCAUUCCAAAGACAAACUGCAAUUGGCUACUAUAGAAUUGGCUACUUUGAGCAUCUACCAUACCCUCCAAUAUUUCUCUGAUGAAAAUAGGGACGUCCAAUUCCAUAAGGAUAAUUUUACUAUUUAUACCCCACACAUCUUACUGGGUUGCCCCAGCCACUCUGGGCAGCUUCCAACAUAUAUAAAAACAUAAUGAAACUUUAAACAUUUUUUUAAAAAACUUCCCUAUAUAGGAUUGCCUUCAGACGGCUCAGGGGUCGGAAGACUCCAUACCCUCCAACAUUUCUCUAAUGAAAAUAGGGAUAUCCUAAGGAAAAGUGGGACAUUCCAGGAUCAAAUCAGAAACUGGGAUGGCUUCUCUAAAUUAGGGACAUUCCUGGAAAAUAGGGAGACUUGGAGGGUCUGGUGUACUGAAGACAAUAAUGCCAUGGACUAACCACUAGGCCUUCUCUGUUUUGCCAGCAGCACCAAUGGGGAAAGAAUAAGCACUUCAGGAUCCCCACGAAGUGAGACAAGGGUGGUGAAUGCUUCUUCUAGCACAAGGUUAGUGUAAUCUGCAUUACUAUAGCAAGCAAUGUUCGAAAUUAGCCAAGCGGCAGGUGCAUUUUGCACCUGGCUAUCAGCCACUUGCGACCAAGUGAAGGUGUCUAGAUUCCAGGAUGGUACCUGACGUCUCCACUACCUGGAGGUGCAUGCCUGGGGAUCCUGGGAUCUUGACUGUUUUCACACACUAAAACCACAUCCUGUAGAAUUCAGUUAUAUUUUAUCUUCACAAUCAGAAUGAAUUCUAGGAACCCAAAUGCUUAUUCUGUGCAGCCUGAGCAAGAGCAGUGAACAAUGUUAUAUUUAAUGAUUGUCGCUGUUCUUCACUUAUGCCACCCCACUGCCCUGCUCAUACUUGUGAAGACUAUCCCUACAUUAUGAAUGGUCUGUGUCACCACUAAGAAAAAGAGGCCGGAAUAGGCCAAUAUAUAUGUCCCUGGAUAAAGUGACUUAAAAGAAAAGUGUUCUUAACCUAGUUCAUGGUUGUCAGCUAAACUAACCAAAUGUUUAACUGAUCAAUCACAACCAGUCCAUCAUUUGAAAAAUAAUACUUUAGAGCUGUCUUGCCCCAAAAUGGCAACUAGACAGUCCAAUAUGGCAACUGUAACCUUGGUUUAAGGAGCCAUUUGGCACCUAGGUUGUAUAUCUGUUUCUAACACGAAUAGCAAGUGGUGAAAACCAAAAUAGCCUAAGAAAUAAGCAAGUGUGUCCUUAACUCAAUUGCCCCAGAGGAUGGCCCAUUAGCUGUCAGUUUCCUCAUUGCCCCUUGUAGAACCACCAGGGAGAAGGAGGCCCAUCGCUCACAAAUACCUGUAACUCAAGAAACAUCUCCCUGGAGUCUGGGAUCUUGACAUGUGGGUUUGUUGUGAAAUGUGUGAAACAAGUCUUACUAAACUGCUUAUACCAAGCUCUCCAUUAAAGCAGGGGUUGCUAACCUGUGGCCCUCUACAUGUUGCUGGAAUACAACUCCCAUCAGCCCCAUCCAGCAUGGUCAAGGAUAAUGGUAACUGUAGUUCAGUAACCACCCCAUUCCAUAUUAGAAAGACAGGUACUGAGCCAAAUCAGGGCCGGAACAUGCAAGGUAUAGGACAUAUAGCACAUGAUGCCAAAUCAUGAGAGCUCUGCUGGAUCAAACCAAAGGUUCAUCUACUUCACAUUGCCCAUAGUUGCUACUCAGAUGCCUCUGCAAAGCUCACAAGCAGAACCAGAUAAUCUGUCAAUCGUGCUUUUUCUCAGUUUUUAGUUUUUCUAAUCCUUUGCCUUUUUUAUGUCUUCACAUAACAUUUUCAUGCCGCUUCCUCCCAACACACAUAAUUUAGAAUACUAUUUUGCAUAAUAUACAUAUUUUUGCUAGCCAUUUCCGCAACAUAAUGCAUUAAAUUGAUGGGAGUUUCCUAAUGAUUCUCAGUUCCCUUAAAAGCUACAGUUCCCAGUCAGUUCCCAAACAGCCAUGACUGUUUAAAGUGGUAUACAUUUUAAAUGUAUAGUGCAGAGGGGGCUAGAACGAUCCUUUGAAAUUUGCACACUUCCCAUAUUUUGUGAUGCUGCUCUCCAAAAAUAAAAAUACAAAUCAGCUCCAAAAUGGAGGGAAAAAAAGAAAAUGCAUUUUUCUUCUCCAUCCUUAUUCAAAAACAAGAUAUGAAAGUGGGAUCCUGGUCUAUUGUUGCUCCACAGCAACUUGAUAUUCAGUGGCAGGCUUCCUCUAAACCUGGAUCAGGCCCAUUUUAUCUACAAGAGGAAAGUGGUGUUGGAGGGAGAAGAGCUGGGUGGAGGAACUCUGGGUUUCAAAAGGAGAAAACCUUAAUGCACUUGCCCUGUGCUGCAUUGUUCUCUUUUCAUAGCUUCGAUUCAGGGAAUAGCAGAAACCAAGCCUCCAGUUCCUAUUCUGAAUCCUUGUUCAAACAAUUCAGUUCUUUGGAAAACAGGUAAACAAAGCUCCUCUCUACAUUGACUCAGACUGGGCAGAAAUCAAACAGAUAUCCUAGUUAAGAACAGUUCUUGGCCAGUCUAGUUUGUGGAAAUGAUGUCUCUUUCUCCAGCAUAGAUGCCCAGGCCUCAGUUUCAGUUAUAUAAAUUGCAACAAACUGACCAUGUUUUAUUCAUACUCAGUGUUUUCCUGUAUAUUCAGGGUUGCAGUGAAUGUUAUACAUUUGUGCCACGGGUGCCAAAUAUGGGUCAGUGUUCUGCAGAACCUUUGAGAUUUCUUCCACACGCAGAGUUCAAAUCCCUUCUUCUUGCUCUAGCUUACUGUGCCCAGAUAUGCUCCUGAGGACAUAAUUAUUCUAAUUUCUUCUUCCAGUAACAAGCUGGAUCAAGAGAGUAAUCAGAUGACUUCCUGGAACAACUCUGCUCCAAAAUCUCCUGAAUCUCCUUCACGUAGAAGGUAAUAAUCUGUGCAAUCCUAAUUUACUCAUAAAAUACAGGCAGCUAAGUAGAGAACUGCUCUUCCUGGUGGAACUGGCAUUCUUGGUUGGAAGGAGUGAGAAAGAAAUGAAUUGUAAUUAAUUUCCAACUGCUUAUGCUUUGAUUUCCACAGUGAGAAGAAUGAACGAAAAUCCGAGGCCACACGAAGUGCUGAAACACCUCGUGCCGUUAUUUCUGAGGACAGGUAAUCCUCCUCGUGUUGUUCUAUCCUAAACACCUGUAAUUCACUUCCACAUUUACUGUGGAGGUAAAGUGUUUAGCUUAUGUACACUGUUUGCACAGCAGUGUCAGAGGGUAAUUUCCACUUGCGUUCUUUUACACUGGCUAAUCCUAUGCAUGUUUACUUGCCCCUCUACUAAGUGUGUUUACGAUUAAUGCUGCUGCUUUUUUAAAACAGCACUUUCAACGGGUGUGAGGAGUUUUUUCAAGCCAUGGGCUGCAUUCCCUUGUGGGGAACCUUACAAGAGCUACAUGGCACCGAUGGGCAGGAUCAGAGGCAAAAGUGGGCAGAUAAUAUAACAUAAGAAGAGCCCCGCUGGAUCAGGCCAAAGGCUCAUCUAGUUCAGCAGCCAGGUGCCUAUGGGGAGCCCGCAAACAGGACCCAAAUGCAACAUCACUCUCCCCAGCCACACAAAAGCCAGGUGUGCAUGCACUUUCCCAUCGAGGCAAGAAAGAGCCAUUAUUACAGUUCCAGCCAGGUAAAAGCACUUGAGGAAAGCACAGAGCAGUGGGCAGUGAGGGGCAUGACCUGGAGAGAGUCCAGGGGGCUACGUGUGACCCACAGGCCAGAGGUGCCACCCACGUGCCCAACAAAAGUGUUACACUGCAUAGUGGUCAGAGUGCUGGAUUGAGAAUUAGGUUUAAUGCCCCGUCCCUCCACAAAGCUCACUAUUCCCCAGCAGAAUCUACCUGUCAAGAGCUGUUGUGAGGAUAAAGUGGGGAUGCAUAUUUAGACAAACGGUAAUUAAUAACUGGAAUACUUGCAUUUUAUAUUUCCAACCAUGAGGGUCAUGGUUAUAUUCAUAAUUAAAGCAGAAAUGCAAUAUCAGAAAGGAUCAGAAGCACUAAAGAUAGCAUGUAUAAAAUUUGGAGAAUUAAAAUCAAUAUACGUUCCUCUCAAAGUUUUAAAAAAUAAACUAGAAGUUUAUCAAGCUGCUCUCAAUGAACCUUCCCUAAGUUUUUGAGGCAGCUAAUGCAUAUCUAGGUAUUUACUUAUUUACAGUGCUGUUUCAUUCUGGGGGUACUCAAGGGCACACAGUACUGGCACCUCUUUUUCCCUAGGAAAAAAAGCACUCACAGUAACAGCUUCAUAAUGAGUACCGACACCUUUUUUUCCUAGAAGAUAAACACUGCUUAUUUGAUAUUUAGAUUAAUGCCCUACUCCUCAGUCUGCUACAAAUUUAUCUCAGGGAGAUAGUGUAAAUAUGAUUUGAUGGUUGGCACUGGAUCUAUUUUUUUAUUCAGCAGAGAGUAAAUUUCUUCCUUGGUUCAGAAUAUAAGAAAAACAACAACAAUACAGUCAAUAUAUCUUUUCCUAUGUGAUCACCAAAAAUGCAAAAUUAACAAUGCAAUUCCAUAUAUGUCUACUCAGAAGUAAAUCCCAGUAGUACAGUGGGGCUUACUUCCCAGAAAGUUGUUGCCCACAGCAUACAUUCAACACACAUUUAAUGCAACGUUGCUUCCCCCAAAGGAUCAUGGGAAUUGUAGUUUAUUCCUCACACAGCUACAGUUUCCAGCACCAUCGACAAACUACAGUUCCCGUGAUUUUGAGGCAGAUGCCAUGUGCUUUAAAGGCAUAGGGUGUAUUGUAUCUUUAAUCAUAUUGAGCAUCCACUUGAUAAAUUUUAUACUUUUAUACUGGCUUUUUUAUCACUCUCUAAAUUGGGAACAUUUUUCACUCUUAGACUGCACAUUCCCACAUCCCAGGAAUAGCAUGGCAGUGGUAGGUGGAGCCAGAGUAAACAAGAGGGUGGAGCAACGGAUUUGUUCCUUCACUAAGCUGUAUUCCGGGCACGCAAAUGUUGGAGUUUUCUGAAUAUACACAGCCCAACAUUCCUGCAUAGAUACCUGGACUAACAGAAAACUGGUUGAGAAUGGAACAGUGGUUGUAGGCCUCUUAUCAACCAGAUGCCCUCUUGCCCUCCACAGCUGGGAAACAAUAAAGCCCCAAAGUACAACUGUGAGUCAAACACCUCCGCACAUCGUCAUCUCCCCAGAGGCGAGCCCAAAGAGGUAAGAACCUCCUAAUUCAUUUUUGCUGGCGCUCAAUCAGAAAUCUGUCCCGUUUUGUGUGGAUUCUUUGAGAGAUUACAUGAAAAGUUCACAUUAAAAUUGUACAUGCUGUUAAAUGCGCCACUGUAUGUGUUAUUAUUGCAUGUAUUUUUGUAUGCAUUUCCACAAAACUCUUUCAAUGAGCAUUUUUUGAGCGUCUUAACUGCAGCAAAAACUGGGCCAAAUACAUCCCUACUUCCAAGUAUGGAAAUCACCAUUAGUCACAUUUGACAGUCUGUCUGGCCAAAUGUCCUCACAAAGGUUCAUUGGACUUUCCUUAGCAGGCCCACCUCUCAUUAUCGAACCAGAGAUGCUUUCUCUACACCUGAGACUUAUCUUCAGUCCAUGUCUGGAGAACACCUGCGUGACAUAGAUGUUGGCUCCCCAAGGUAAAAGGGCAUGGCUAAAACUUUGGAGGUCUAAAGAUAAUGUAAAAGAGUGGCUUCUUUUUAGAUGAUAAUGAUUAAUUUGCUUGUUGCAUUUUUAUCACACCAUCCUCCAAGAUGGUUAGGGUAUUCUGUGUGGUAUGUCUCUCCCUUCCACCAGCUUGUGAUAUCUAGACUUUAUUCAUUUAUUUGCAGUAUUUAUGGCCUGCUCCUCAAUAAAUAUUUUCAAUCUAAGAGCAGGGAGCAAAGUUAAUGAAAUAAAGAGAGGAAAAACCAAGUAGACCAAAAAUUUAAAAAAAUUACAGGUUCAAUGAACAACAAUUUAACAAUUCUGUCAUAAGGUGAACAAGCUUUAAAACUACAAUAACAAAAAUUAAAAUUCCCACUUUAACCAAAUACUUAGGUAAAAGCAAACACAAGGCAUUCAAGCAGAUUUAAAUAAAUAACCUGUGGGUUUAGCAACAGUUCCCACUCUGUUGUUCACUUACAGCAGCCCACUCAGUCCUGCUCUCUCUCACACACAAAGACACUCUCACAUUCUGUGCCAACAGACUCUGUGGCUUUUAAGUAACUUAACCCCUUUUCUUCCCCCACUCCAAUCCAUCCAGGCUCUCACCCUGAGUGGUAUGAAUUGGUGCCCACAACCAUCCACAGCAAGAAACCCCACUACAAACAGAGAAAACAUGCACAAAAAGAAAGCAGGUGGCAAUGUGCCAUAGCUGCUGUUUGUCUGCCAACUUUCCUAGUCCUGAGGAGACUCAUGGGCUCAAGGGCAGUAGUGUGGCCAGGGGGAGAUGUGCAGGUACAUUGGCUGGUGUCCAUGCUCUGGCCCCCUCAUUCCUUUCCUGUCCAGCCAGCACUAAGAGUGUUCAGGGACUUCCAGGACACCCCCUUCCCUUCUCACAUUUGCCAUUCCAAAUAUGUAUGGGCCAUCUCUUCAUUUUAGUGGGAUAUGGGUGAAAUUAUUUGAAUAUUUUGAUUACUGAACAUAUGGAUAUUUUUGACAGUGGUCACAUGGGUAUCCUGUGGGGGGGAUAUACUUCCUCCUGCAAUUUAAUUUUAAUUUUAAUUUUAAAGCUUCUAGCAUUUGUAGAAUGAGACAAAAGGUACAGGCACUAUUUUUAACAUUUUUGCUGAAAAGCUAGCCUGCUCCCUCCUUUCACUUUUUGACUACAUCUGCCCUGAAAAAUGUCCAAGAAACCCAAAAGAGGGUAGCAUUUACAGUGCUGGAAAGGUGGGUAGUGGGGAUAACUUCCUGGGUGGGCGGGGAUAGUUUUGUCAUUGCCUGCAGGAAUGAAGCAGGAAUGAAGCUCUGGCUGUGCUGUCAUUUUUUCUAUGCAUAAAGCUCCUGAACAGACUCCAAAGGUGGUGGCAAGACUUCUCUCUAAAAGUAGGGCGGGCAUGGAUUCUGCCACCACUCACCUCAUUGCCACAGCAUUUCAAUUCAGUUUAAUUAGAACUCUAGCAUGGUAGUGACCUCCCAUGGACAAGAAUAUUCACAUAAUUUCAUUGUUAAAAGUAAAGGUAAAGGGACCCCUGACCAUUAGUUCCAGUUGUGACCGACUCUGGAGUUGCGGCGCUCAUCUCGCUUUAUUGACCGAGGGAGCCGGCGUACAGCUUCCAGGUCAUGUGGCCAGCAUGACUAAGCCACUUCUGGCGAACCAGAGCAGCGCAUAGAAACGCCAUUUACCUUCCCGCCAGAGCGGUACCUAUUUAUCUACUUGCACUAGACAUGCUUUCGAACUGCUAGGUUGGCAGGAGCAGGGACCGAGCAAUGGGAGCUCACCCCGUCGUGGGGAUUCGAACCGCCGACCUUCUGAUCGGCAAGUCCUAGGCUCUGUGGUUUAACCCACAGCGCUACCCGCGUCCCACUGAAAUCCCCACCUCGCUCUGUUCCAAGGUCCUAAAAUUAGCCUGCACCUGAAAAAAAGGCACGAUAAUUGCAAUUUCAGCAGCUGCCAAUUCACCCCUAAGAAUGUACAUUGAAACACCUCACAGUAUUCCAGUAGUUCAUUGAGCUCAGUCUUGUCUGCACUGAUUGGCAGUGGCUCUCCAGGGUCCCUCCCAGACCUACCUGGUGGUGCCAGGAAUUGAACCUGCGAUCUUCUCAGAUGCUCUACCACUGAUCUAUACCCCUUCCCUACUCCCUCAGGUAGGUUAAAGCUGAAUCUGGCCCAAUUUCACUGACUGGAUUUCAUGUGCAGCAAUGGACCUGGGUCUUCUAAGUCUAGCGCUCUAGGUCUGACGCUCUAACCCCUACAACACCCUAUAUAUAUGCCCAGGGUUACCAAACGAGCUUCCUAAGCUUAGUGAAGAUUUAAACUGGGUCUUCCCUGUUCCCUUUUUUACCUGGGAAGUUAACACAGGGAAAUGAGAUGCUUGAACACACAUGAAAAUCCUGCUGGAUCAGACCAAAAGCCCGUCUAGUCCAACAUCCUGCUCUCAAAGUGGCCACUCAGAUGCUUGUGGGAAGCUCAGCAGCAUGAGACAAGUGCAAUAGCACUCUCUCCCCUACUUGUGUUCCCCAGCAACCGGCAUUCAGUGGCAGCAUUCCGCCUUUGAUACUGGAGGCAGAAUAUACUGUUGUCAUGCUCAGCAGCCAUUGACAAUCCGUGUUGCUUCAUGCGUAACAAAAAUUCGCUGGAUGUUUUCUUGGCAGAUCUGCCCCGGCUCACAAAGAGGGAAGCUCCAGCAGGGAGGCCAAAUACGGGAGCCCGAGUUCACGAGUCACAGAAUUCACACAGAUUUUGUGUGAGCAUGGAAGGGGAAAGUGGGGAGCAAACUCAACAACAACAACAUUUAUACCUCACCUAUCUGGCUGGGUUUCCCCAGCCACUUUGGGCGGCUUACAGCACAUAUAAAAACAUAAUAAAAUAUCAAUCAUUUAAAACUUCCCAAUACAACUUCAGUAGGGCCCCCAAUUGCAUUCAAGCAGCACCUAAAGUGCUUCUGAAAUGACUUUAGAACAGCAACAUGCUCCCUGCGCAUGGGCUUACAGUUUAAUAGUCACAAUACAAAUGAAAAAGGGGAUGAGGCUGGAAGAGGAAAACCAGCAAAUCCAGGCACUGAAUAUUCAUCUAACACUGAACUGUAUUUCUGUCUCUGAUAGGGCUGGCUCUUUCAAUAGGGACAGCACCGAUACUCCUUCUGGAGCAACAUACAGUGUUCCCACCCACUUUGACAGCGAUGGGGAUGCUGGCUCAAAAAGGUACAUAGGAAAAAGUAAAACUGGCAUUUUGGCUAUAUUGUCAUCAGCCUUCUUCCCAGAAGGUCAGAACCAGGUUUCAGCUAUCUUAGGUAAAGAGUUCUAUUGUAGGGAAAUAGUCCAUAUUCCCCCCUUGAUGGCGGGGGGGAAUCACAUCAUAUUGGAGGAAUUGGCUAUCAUAAUUAGGAAUGGAGUUGGGAAUUCAAUUCAGUAUGCUUUAAAAAGCAAGCCAACCUAAUCUGCACUUCCCAAACCAGGGCUGCAUUUCCCAUCUUCCUGAUAAUUUCUGCAUUUUAUGUGAUCUUUCACAUGACAUAAAAGCCACUUGUGGAAAUCUAGCAGAAUCCACAGGGAAAUUUAGUGCUCAUAUCUGUGUUAAUUUCCUACAGGAAAAGAAAUCUAUUUGCUACCUGCUAACCUGGAAAAUUACGGGGAUUUUGAUCUAUAAUUUCCCCAUGAUUGUCAUGGAUUGUGUCGCCAUCUGACAAAAUUUGGGGUGGUAUUCUAGCAUAUACUUAUUUACUGCCAUUUUCAAGGGUAAAAUAAUGGAGGAACAGAAGCACGCAAUGUGGUCUGCUAUUGUGUCUUACCAUGCCUGGUGGUGUGAAUGAAAUUUAGCAAGAUAUGUUAGUAUAUCAAUCAAACAGCUGCUUCCUGUCUAUGGAUUGUUAUCUACAGGGAGGCCUGCUUGGCACCAGCUUGUCCUUGUUUCAGUGCCCAGCAAUUCUUCCCUCCCACCCUGUGCAUUUGGGCAGCACCAACGAGUGGAUGUUUUUACUCUGGCUGUGUCUUGAAUAUACUUAUGUAUUUUUAUCACUGCAUUUUAUUAUUGUUGCAAAUUGCUUUUGGGAGGUUUUUUUUUUGGGGGGGGGUUAAUUUAUAAAUUCAAGAAGCCUAACCUCAGCUGAAGCAAUACUCAAGGAUGAUGGGAAUUGUAGUCCACCAGCAUUUGGAGGGCUACUGGUUCCCCAUCCCUGCACUGAAGGGUCCCUACACACAGCUACUCAGACUUCCAGAAAAUUAAUCAAAGAUAUGUUGUCCUAAAGAUAUGCUAAGAAUUAGUGUCAUUGGUCCUGUUGUCCUAAAGAUAUGCUAAGAAUUAGUGUCAUUGGUCCUGCAGUAAUUCAUUGUGUUCGUGUGGGUUAAUUUAAGGUUGCCAUAUGUCCGGAUUUUCUCUGACAUAUCCAGAAUACUGCAAUCGGCAGCAGUGUCUGGGCAGAAAUCAGCCAAAUGCCUGGGAAAAUCCAGACAUAUGGCAGCUCAUACGUUCUGCAUUUAAAGCACAUGAUGCUCCCCCUAAAGAGUCCUAGGGACCGUACUUUACUCUUCAUUGUGCUACAAUUCCCAGCACCCUUAACAAACUACAGUUCCCUGGAUUCUUUGCGAGAGCCAUGUAGUUUAAAUGUAUGGUGUGAUUGUAGCCUUUGUCUAAUGGGAGCAAGGAGCACCUUCUGGCAAUUUUAUGGAUGGCAAUAGUUUUAGAAUGGACUGGAAUUGGCAGCUUACCCAGUCCCAGGAUGGGCAGUGGUUGCGGCCUGUUGCGGAGGGCCUCGAGUCCCAGGGAGCAAUGCUGGGCGAGGUGGCCAGCAGUUGGGGAAUCCCGAGGCUGGCUGCUUGGAGUGGCGGGUGUUCCUGCCAUCUGAUUAUUUGAAUUCUGGCCCAUCUGGCCAGACUGAGCGGGCGGGGCUUGUAAGAGGACCCUAGUGGAGCAAGCUUCUCUCCCGUCUGCCCCUAGCCUACAGAAAUGCUGGCUGUGCCCACACAUGGGACUGCAGUCAGGUGAAGAACAACCCUCCCUUUCUCCACCCCAUUUAGUGAUGCUGUGCGUUUUGUAUGCCAACCUUCCUUCCUUCCCAGGGCACUGAGCUUACUGGCAUUCCUGUGGUUCAGUAAUGGUUGCCAUUUCCGGAGCUAGGAAGAAAUUUGCUUGCAAACAGAUUGGCCCCAUUUGCAGGUUUUGCCUUCCCCAUAGCAAUAGUUGCAACUUGGCUCGAUAAGGCAUUAGGUGGUAUCCUUUUAGUCUAACAUCAGGCCAGGGGUGAAGUGGUGCAUCACCCCUACGUCAAAACUGUGUGAUCACAAAGUACCCCGUUAAAGGGAGCUAGGUGGAAGUUUCUGUCCAAAAGCCAAGGCAUGGGGCAGAUGGGCCCUAGAGCUUCCUUUAGCAGCCUGGGAUGGCCAUCCAUGUAGACCUGCAUCUUGUGGAGAACUCAUUAACCCCAGGCUCGACCCUGUCAUGUGUCAGCCCUUUACCUGGAGGCUGAGAUAAUAUACAUCCAGUAUCUGAGGCAAAUCCUACCUACACCUGGAAUCAAUAAAGUUGUGGCCAAUUUUAAAUCCGAGAACAUUGUCUUGUCCAGUUUGUUCACCUUCUAAGGCUAGGCCUUGCUCCCUGGGGAGGUGUCACUGCAAGUGGGUCCGCAACCGUCUCCUUUCUUCUUGCAGAUCUUUCUCUGACUUUGAGAAGAAGGCUAUGCAAGAGAUGGCAUAUGAGAGUCCAAGUGACACAGAAUACAAAAAGGUGGAAGCUCAUCUGGCAAAGUAAGAAGGCAGACAACAGAAGGUUCUACCUUCGCUACUUGAUAUGGUCGGGGCAAAAGUCAGAUGAGCUGCUUUCUUUAAAACUUUUCACAGAAGCAGUGAGAGGAGGACCCUGUCAAACCUUCCCUUUGUUGAAGAUAUUUUGCAGCUCCACUGUCUCUAGGAUACCAAUGGCAUUUUUCACCUGUGCCUUUGUUCUUGAUUCUGUAAUCUAUAUAUAAGUGGGUCCCUGCAGCACUAUGUUGCUGUGUGGAGUGUUUGUCUCCAGAGUUCGAACCACAACGUUCCAUUUCCUCUCCCACUUUAUUUUGCAGUUUUUUCUCCAAAACUGACAAUCAUUAUUCCAUGCUUACUGAGCAUGCUCAGUUUCCAUUAUUUAUUUAUGAAUAGGCUACAGCCCUAAUCCCUGGCAAACAAUAGCAGGGCUUGAUGGAGUGGUACAGCCACAGCCCUGCCACACACUAGGCAGAGCAGAAGGUGUGGUGGAGGGAAAGAGGAAGGAAGCCCCUUUGCUGCACGAGAACGUAGGAUUGAAAAGCAAACCAAACCCAGAUCAGGUGAUGGCAUGGCUCAUGGCAGUUCAGGGGGCUGGAUUGUUCUCCCAUUUAUUUCAGAUAUUCCUUUUCCAGUCUUCAUUGCCAGAUUUACAUUAAAAUCAAAUACACAUUAAAACAAAGCAGGCAGGAAAAUAUACAAGCUGUCACACAACCAGCAGAGAUAAACUAGUGUGGCAGUCCUAUGGGAAGCUUGCAAACAAGGCCAGAGCUCACCCCACCUGUGAUUCCCAACAACUGGUAUGAGAGGUAUAUUGCGUCUGUAUUCUUUUUUUAAUGGACAAGAUUUGCAAAUGUUACUGUCUUUCGUCGGUCAGAUCUGGUUCAUGGUCCAGUGAAAACAGCCUUAGUUCCGGCAUCCAAGGCGAACUCCCGAGAGCUGCCAAAAGGGAUGAGUCAGAGCUGGAAAGUGCAAGGUGAGUGCAGGGUUCAAGAGCUGUUCUUGCUGCAAUGGAGUCUCACUCUGUGAAAAGGACAUGCCUUGCUUACAGAAUGCUCUCGGAGGGUCCUCUCCCUGAGGACUCAGGCAAGUAGCAUCAGUGUCUUAUCAGGAGCAAACUUCACUGGGUCUUCUGGAGUCUCCACCACUGCCUGCAUAUUUCCUCUGUUGCAGGGGAAAUAAAUGGGUCUUUCAGGCAGGGAAAGGAAGGAGGUAUAAUGGAAAUCUUUCCCCCCUUUGUAAUUAAAUGUGAACUUGCAAAAUUCACACUUCCCAAAUCAAUACACAAACAAAAGCCAAACUAUCCUUCAAAACUUUGCACUUCUCUGAAUUGUGUGAUGCAAUUAUCCCACCCAAGAACCCGUACACAAAAGUGUAUAUGAAUAAAAAGUGCAUGGAGGGAUGCAUAUGCUUGUGAAAACAAUGUACAUAGAUGCAUUCUGUUUGGGGGAAAUUGCUUGCAAAAAUGCAUAUACUAGGCAAAAUUGCAUACCAAAAUUGUGCAUAUCAGAGGAGGCGCACACAAUAAUUAUGAAUUUUCAUGCAGACUGUAGAAAUAAAUAAUGCACAAAUGUUUGCAGAAAUGUGCCAAACUGAAUUUAAUAUUUGGAAAAAACAGAAAUGGAGAGAAACGGAAAUGGACACAUUUAUCCUGUCUUAGAAGGGAGAAAGCUGUGGCACUGCUUGCAUUUUUGAAGUGAACAAUACAGUGGCACCUUGGUUCUCAAACUUAAUCCGUUCUGGAAGUCCGUUCCAAAACCAAGGCGCGCUUUCCCAUAGAAAGUAAUGCAAAAUGGAUUAAUCCAUUCCAGACUUUUAAAAACAACCCCUAAAACAGCAAUUUAUCAUGAAAUUUACUAUCUAACGAGACCAUUGAUCCAUAAAAUGAAAGCAAUAAGCAAUGUAUUGCAGUCACACAAUCAAUCCAUCAGUAGCUGAACUGGGUUCCACGCAGUCACAAAAACAAAACAAAAAGAGCCACAAAAACAAAAAUGCAAAAUAAAUAGCAAAAAUAGACCUCAGUGUAACACUCAAAAUGGAGCACAUUUGGCUUCCAAAAAAAGUUCGCAAACUGGAACACUUACUUCCUGGUUUGCAGUGUUGGGUUCCAAGUUGUUUGAGUUCAAGGCGUUUGAAAACUAAAGUACCACUGUAUUCUAUAUGCAAGGUCCCACUUCUCUCCAGCUUUCUCACAAGGAUUUGAGCAGGGAUUGUUUUUCUGGCCAUCUCUGCCCAAAUGCUCACAGCAAUGGAAAGUUGGAAAGCAUGGUUUGCGCACACAUACAUAUGUUUAUAUCCCCUCUUAUUUCCCUGGCAGGUCCAGUUCUCUCUCUACAGAGAGUGGCGUUGCCACUCCGGAAAGCCAACAAGGAGAGCAUGGGACAGAUUCGGACACAUCAGGGUAAGGAAACAUGGAAGGCUGCAGUGUCUGCAGAGUUGCCAUUCCUCACUGAUCUCAUAGUUUCAUGCUUGAGCUGUGGCCUGGGAAGAUGCUGCAUUACCAGAGAGCCUGUAGCUCUCCAGAUGUCAGUGGACUCCAGCUCCCAACAGAAACAUAGAGAGUCCCAGGUUGAAAUCUUGUGUCUACCAUAAACUGACUUAGGUGGCCUUCAGCAAGCUACUCUCUUUCUCUUUCAACCUUGGCAUCCACAUCUGCAACACAGGGAAUAAGCAUUCAAGGUGAGCCCUGUUAGAUCAGGCCAAAGGCCCAUCUAGUCUAGUUCUUACAGUGGCCAACCAGAUGCCUGUGGGAAUUCUGCAAGUGGGAUAUGAGUGCAACAGCACUCUGCCCACCUGAGCUUCCCAGCAACUGGUAUUCAGAGGAGCAGUGGAGGGAGAACAUCACCAUUGUGGCCAGCAGGUAUAAAUAAUCUUAACCUAUUUUAAAACCAUUGAGUAUUAUUUACAUUUCUACUACAGCAGGACUUACAGCAGGGAACCUAUGACCCUCUAGUUGUUGUUAGGUUACAGUUCCCAUCACCCCUGGUCAUUGGCCAUGCUGACUGGGGCUGAUGGAAGUUGGAAUCCAGCAACACUCGGAGAGCCACAGGUUCCCCAUCCCUGUUGUAAAAAUAUCAUUUCCCACCCCCACUAGUACACUGUAGGGUUGCCAUUUCCACCUCCCUGCCUCUUAUCCUGUUCUUUAAGAGCAUCCUGCCAUGAGAAAACAAAGAAAACAACACUCUUUCUCCAUUGUUUUAUUGUUCCACAUGCACCUACUUGAUUUCUAUGUCUGAGGCUGCUGUGAAAUGGACAGGAGUAGGGCAGGGGCCAAGCAAUGGCAGGUAAUGUGAGAGUCUCAGUUAGUUAGUAAAUGUACAUAAUGGGUUGCUGCUGCUGCUGCUGCAAGCUUCUGAUAGAUUUUAUCUCUCCACUUAAGAGGAUGAAUACAUUUUAUAACUUAGCCCACAACACUUCCCUAGCUGCGCGUCCACAGAAGACGGCAAGCAGGAAUUGCGUGCUCAGUGCACACCCUCUCAAGAGUUACGUCAGCAUGCAAAAUUGUGGUUUAUGCUGACGACAUGUUAAAUUUGAUGGUUUAUUUCACCACAAACAGGGAAAUGCCACAUGCUGAGUAUAAGCAACAGGAAGAGGUAGUAGAGCAUCUGCUUUGCAUGCAGAAGGUUCCACCACUCUAGCAGUGAAAAGAGAUGUUUUCAGGGCCUUCUUGAAAGCCUGUGCCAAAGGGGGGCAUGCAUAAGUCAUUCAGAAGGGAGUUCCGUGACGCUCUGUUGCACACAUCAGCCUAAUCAGCCAUUCCAGUAGGCACACAAGUAGGGCCUUCAAUGCAGAUCUUAGUGUAUGGGCAAGGUCAUGAUACCAACCUAUGUCAUGAUGGUUAGGACAGUGAAAUAAAUAUUCACCUGCUAUGACUUCGGUUCAGUUGCCUCUUAUCUUUUCCAUGUUUGGCAAGAGAGAAAGCAGUUGCUCCACUUUCUUUCCUUGUUAUAUGAAAGUUGCAAAUCAUUAAUCUUCAUCUUUCUAGAUUCAGCAUCUUGAGGUAUUGAGUCCCUUCCCAAACAUUCUGGCAGUUGAUCUCAUUUGUUCCUGUCUUGUGAAUCCAUUUAAAUUUGUUUGCAUUAUAAAUUUUACACCUUUCUUAAAGCAACAAUCAAAACUGGGUGUAGUAUUCGUAUUUUUCAACUUGCUUGUCCUGUGGAAUUGUGCUAUCUGAACUCUAGUGCUUCCUGAGAUGAAGUUUCUCUUGUUGCGUUAUUUUCUUCUGGCAUAUUUACAUAGUUGGGUCUUCUCAUUUUAUAUUACUGCUUUGCUGCCAAUCGUUUUUAAACCUAAUCCUAUUAUUCUUAUUGUUUACAGUCCUUCUCAGUUUUGUGGCACUAGCUAAUUUGACAAACACGCUGACAGAAGAGGUUAAUGGGAAAUCGGAACAUCACUUAAUCUCAGACCGGCAAUAAGCAUAUUGUGUGUUUUGUUAAUCUGAUAGAAACCAAAACACAGGUCAGAUUUUCAGUCAGAAUGAGAGAAGGAUAUUAAAUUCUUCAUAUGUUGUGUAGGACUGUGCCAAGGCCUUUAUUUAGAAUGUGAAAUAUCAUGUUCAUGGGGCAUUAUUUACCUUUCUACAGUCUUUUCAUCCAUCUUCCACUGAGUUCUCCAAAUAGAUGCUGGUAACUCUGAAAGUUCCUCAUCUAGUUCUUUCAGCAUUCAUGGGUAUACCUUUGCAUCCUGCUGAUCUGAAUUUAUUUCAAAUAGCCAAAUAUUCCAGAAUAGCAAUCUGGUUUAGAAAAAAACCAAAACAUGUCUACUGAACAAACUUCAUUAGAUUUGAUAUUUUGGCUAUUUGUUUUUUUUCUCAUUAAGCUUUCAUUAUUCUUUAGCUCCAAAUCCAGCUAAAGUUAGUUCCAACAGUUCCAUUAAAAGCAAGGGGGAUUCGUUGGGACUAACUUGUUCUAUUUUUUCUAUAGGAUUUAGCUGAUCUGGUAGCUUAAAAAAAAAGGUGGUGCAGCUUAUCUUUCUGGCACUUUCCCUUAUUUUUCAGACUGGUUAAAACUUCCUUCUUUAUCACUUGGAUGUGAGAUCUAUUGAUUUCUGCUUUGGAUUGCUGCCUUCUUUGUUCUUGACUCUUCCUCCUCCUCCUCAGCAUUAAAAUAGUUUGCAAUUUUGCAAACUAUUUCACAUUGUUAGCACCACCAGAUGUUGUGGGCUUCCUUUUCCUCCAGCUGCUUUCCAUCUGGAUAAAUUUAUCCACCGUUACAUGCCAGGACUUGCAAACCAUCUUGCUGUCCCCUCAGCUUUGGACAGAGGAGACAACAUUCUUUCUUGUAAAUCAAACAUGGUGCUGAGAUUCUCCAUGUUUUAUGGAUGAACUACUCCAAUAGUUAAUCAUGGCAGAUAGACAACAGAGUCAUCCUCUGAGAGAUCUUGCUAUGAUGACAAUUAGGAUUUCUUUCAGUCUCUCCAGGGGGGUUACUUUGGGCAUGUCAGAGACAAGUCAUAGGAUGCCAACCUAUAUGGACAGCCCCAGUGUGUUGGAGAGAGGUCACAGGAGAUCGUCAUAUCUGGAUUGCCAACCCAACAAUACCAUCAGAUCAGAGACUAGGCAUGGGAUGUCAUCAUAUCUGAGCAACCAGCCAUCCAAUGCCAGAAAGUUGGAGAUCAGUCAUGAGAUAACAUCAUACCUGAACAACCAAGCAUUCAACAGUGGAAGGUAAAGAGGCUUUGAACAGUCCAAAAGGCCUAAGUAAGAAAUCCAUAGAGAACAGUAGAGUGAAAGCUGUGUGGGAAUUGGACCUGAGAAUCUUAUAACCUGGCUCAGAUCAGUUGGAUUCUGGUCUGUAUAGUAAAAAGAGUCUUCAGAAGUCAGUGGAAGCAGUAACUUAUGAAUCAUCACAACCAGAUAACAUGAUAGAGGCAGGAUAUGCAAGAACACCAGUGGUGAUGGCUUCAGAAUAGUAGGGAGGAAAAAUCAGCUCAGUUGCCAUGGAUAGCAUUAUUGCAAUAGGCAUCACCAUUAUCCUAACCUUGCUGAUCCCAUGCUUGUGUGCAAUCCUGUUCAACCCUCUGCGAGCAAAACAGUGGUUUAGCUGAACUUCUUCUUAUCCCUGCAGCAUGCUUGUCCUGCAGAACAUUUUGAAAUAUGUGGCUGACGUAGUUACUUCUCAUGCCAGAAUUCUAUGCACUAAUAGCAAACUCAUUCUUCAAGUAUCCAUCUUUGUCCAUCCAAAAUGGUACAGUCUGCGUACAAGACGGAGAACGUAAGAAUAGCUCAGCUGGGUGAAGCCAAUGGCCCAUCUAGUCCACUCUGGUCUUACACUGGCGCAUCAGAUGUCCGUGGGAAGCCCACAAGCAAGGCCUGAGGGCAGUAGCCCUUUCCUCUCCUGCGGUUUCCAGAAACGGGAAUUCAGAAACACAUUGCCUUUUGACAGUGGAAGCAGAUAAUAGCCAUCAUAGUUAGUUCUAGGCUUGAGGGAACAUCAAGGUUUAUAGAAGUACAAUAAAUCCUCUAACGUAGGGGUGAGGUAAUCCAAAAUGGGCAAAUGGGGACUUAGCAUGUUCAGUGAUCAUGGAAUACUGGCUGGUUUGUUAGGGGAAAAGAACGGGAAAUUGUGGGGGUGGGAAGCAGUGUCCUGGAAAAGGACAUGGCUGGCUUCCAGGAGCAUUAUGCAGUGCCAUAUUUUGUUGGUGGUGACUAUUAUCAGAGAAACAUGUUCACGAACUGAGCUUAAUGUGCUUUAGAAGCACAAAGCAAAAGGCAAAGCAUAUUUUACUGGAACAACUAAAGGUUAAUCCAAAAGGAACAGGGGCAUCUGCAUAAUGAAUAAAAAUGUAUAUGUAUGGAUCAAAACAAGGGUCUUAAUUUCUUUAAAAUGUAGGAAUGGGUGUUUUUAAUAAUGCACAUGUACUUUGAUAGCUCUCUUUGGUUAUUUAGAAACAACCCAUAAAAGGCGUCAUCUCAUUUGUUCUUACAUUUCUUGCUGUUUUGCUAACACUGAUAUAUCUGUUUCUUCCCAGUAUGUCCUACUACCCCUUCAGAGAUGGCCCAAUAAUUGGCUCCCCAAGGAGCCACAGGGUGCCUUUCUAUAAGGACAUCUGUGACACAGAUAUCAGAAGGUAAAGAUGAGGUGGUUAAACAGGUUGUUAUUCACCCAUAACGACCUGCCAAAGCUUUAAAUAUAUGGUUGCUGGCACAGAUAUUUGGCCCUAGUUUGUUCAUAGUGUUGGGAACUGUAUCUCCAUGAGGUUCCCUGUAUCUACAGUUCCGAGGAUUCUUUGUGGGAAGCCAUGUGCUUUACAUUUAUGUUGUGGAGGUGACUGGUGCUGAUGUUUCUUGGACUCUCUACACCUAGCCCUUGUACCAAACAUUCAUUGAUGGCUGCUCAGGCAAUGAGGGGAUACAGCAGGGAUGCAACUCUGAAUGUCUAACACAUGCCCCUGAGCUGACAUCUAAUUAGAUGUGCUGCUUAUCUAAUUUCCUUUCCCUUGACAGGAAUUCAGAUGAGAGGGCUGCGGCAGCUUCCUCUCGGCUUAAGAAUCCUUCAGCCUCUGGUUAUGACUCAGACCCCACCACAUCAAGGUAAAAAGCGGAGGUCAAGAGGAAGCUAGUUUUCAUGGCUACACACUCCCACAAGUCAUUGUACACUGCCUGUGACAUUAAUACAGUGACAGAACUGCUUAGUGGUUCCCAGAAUGUGGCCUUCAUUUCUGCACUUCCAGAAUCUUGCCUUCAUCUCUAUGUUCUAAGGAGAUCAGGAUAUUAUACAAGUUCCCCUUUCUCCUAAACUGAUUUGGCACUACAACUCUGUCAGGUAGAUUAGACUGAGGACUCAGCUACUUUGGUAAAGAUAAAGCGCUGUGGAGUCCCGUUUUUCACCUACGGGAUUUCCCUGUAUGAAGUCUACAAUGUGUUUAACUGAAUCACUUUUUUGAUGUGUCUAGAUCCAGCCUGAGAGAGGUCAUGGCUAGCCCAGAGUCACCUGAGAAGGGCUCAUGAGGAGGUUGCACUGGCUAGCUUCACCCUUCAAACAGCCCUCCACCAGCCAUAAUAUGGCACUGUGAAGGAGUCCAGCAUGCAUGAGUCUAUGUGGUGCAGAGGUUAGAGUACUGGACUGAGAUCUGGGAGAUAGGGGUUCAAAUCCCUACUCACCCUUGAAACUCACUGGGUGGACCUCAGCCAGCCACAUCCUCUCAACCUAACCUACCUCACAGGGUUGUUGUGCGGAUAAAAUGGGGGGAAACAUGUAUGCCACCUUGAGUUCCUUGGAGGAGAGGCAAGCUAUAGGUUUAACAACAGCAAUGAUGAUAAUAAUAAUAAUAAUAAUAAUAAUAAUAAUAAUAAUAGGGGCCACAAGGGGGCGCAUUGGAAGAUGGCCGACAAUACCAUCUCUCCGACCCACACGGGGUAAUUAAGAGGCUGUUAUGGGAGUAGGCAGCCUCCCUUGUUGCCCCAAGGAAAUGGGGAACACUGCCCUUGCCUGCUGUGCCCAUAAAUCACCCCUAAUUCGAAAGAAGGGGGUGAGGGCCCUAGGCAGAAUGCCCCCGUGUGGACAUCGGCUCUCCUGGAUGCUGUCUCUGAUCGCGCACUAGUUGCAGCUAUUUGGAAUAAUUAAUUACAAAAGAAGCAAAUGCACAUAUUUCAAGUGAAGAAGGGGAGUGAAGUUUGCUAAUUUAAGUGACCUCUGCGAAAGAAGACGACGGGCUGGAGAAACAGGAAUAUUUUACGAUGAAGAUACACCAAAGGCGGGGUAUAUUGACAAUGGGGCUGAAUGGGGGGGGGAACCUUUUUUACUUUCCUUCUAUGUGAUUUACAAGAACCCCUCCUCAUUAGAACCGUCGGUUGAACUGACCCAAGCAGGAUGAUUAUGGUCUGUGUGGAGAUAAACUUUGACCAAAAGUAUGCUUUAUGGAGACCGAGAAGCAAUAAGAGCUUUUGGGAAUGGCGCAGCAAUUAAUUCGAAGUCGCCAUCUUGCCAAAGGAUUUAUAGCCGGGAGGAAGAACGGAUUUGUUUUCAGACUGUAUUCCUAGUGAAUCUCCUCAGAGGUUUUGAGAAAGGAGGCAGAUUGGUGAAGAUUAAUGACGCUAAGACUGUUUUGAUGUAUGGAAGUGAUGUUAUAUGGAAAAUGUCUGGAUAUGGCUACUGGAUAAAAAAAUUAACAUCCACGCAGGAUUACAAACUGUUCUAACCAGAUUGCGGAGACUAUCAGAGGUCACAAAGAGAAAGGAAAAAUAUAUGAAAAUAACAACAAGAGAUGUGGAAAAAUAAUAAGAAAGGACUGGAUAGUACUGUGAACAUCAUAAAGUUAGAUUUGUGGACAUUAAACCAGCAGUAAGAAGCAAGAAGUUGAUUGGAUCCCUUCGGAACUUGAAAUAUGGGUACCCCCAACAAAAAUUUAAAAUUCGGCUGUGUAAUUUGGAAUUUAUGUAAUUUGGUUUGAUUUGAUGUGAUUGGUCGGUUAAUAAAAAAUUAUUCUUAAAAUAAUAAUAAUAAUAGUAGUAGUAGUAGUAGUAGUAUUCAUCGGUAGCCAUAUAUGGCUCCUUUGCACUGCCACCAAACAUACAGCAAGGCUGCUGCAUGCAUCAUCAGCAAGGGCAGGCAAGGGUUAUUCAUUGCAACCUCAUGUGCCCUUUACACAUGCUUUCAGACCAUGAGGGGAUUCAUUGGAACAUCUCUCUAGUGACCUUCAUGGCUUAGCUAGGGAUCUGAAUGUGGCUGUUCCUGCUCCCUGUCUGGCACUCUCUAAACCAGUGGUGUCCAAACUUUUUUCAAAGAGGGUCAGAUUUGAUGAAGUGAAGGGCCAUGGGGGCCGACCAAAGGGCCAACCUUUUUUUUGGAUUGAACCGGAUUAAACCAACCGGCAGGCUAGAUUAGGCCCCCAAAAUGGACUUUGGACAUGCCUGCUCUAAACACUGUAUAUCACAGACUCUUAGACUGUCUUAUCUGAAGUAAACUUUGUUAUUCUACUUCUACAAAUAUUUAUACUCCACUUCCACCUUGAGGUGGUUUACAGAUGGAACCUGCCCCCCUGCUAAAACAUAGAAAAAAUAUCAUUAAAAACAAUUAAAAAUGGAUAGAAAUAAUAUGAUAUAGAUAGAUGAUAGACAGAUCAUAGAUAGAUAGAUAUAGAUAGAUGAUAGAUUAGAUAGAUAGAUAUAGAUAGAUGAUAGAUAUUGUUGUUUAGUCGUGUCCGAUGCUUCGUGACCCCAUGAACCAGAGCAUGCCAGGCAUGCAUAGAUAGACAAAUGAUAGAUAGACAGAUGUAUAAAACAACCUGUUCAAAAUCUGUUUCUUGCCAUUUUUAGCAAAGGCCUUCUCUUCGUGAAGCAAUCAGUCAACAGUACGGAGUUGUCAUCCUCACCACGUUACAAUAGGUAAGGGAAUGAAAUAUGGAGUGGAUGGGUGCAUCUAAGAUUGCCUCUGCAGCAUGUAAACAUAUACCAUUUUUAUGUAUGGCUAAAUCUGUGUGCAAAAUGUUUUGUUAGUUUGCCUUUGGCUACUUUGGCUCUGAUGACCCAAAAAAUGGUCCCACACAUGCAGAAGAUGCCUCAGAUAGCUCACCCAAAUUUGAUGGUGUAGUAGAUGAGAAAAGGCAUGGAUAUAGGAGGGGAUGAAGCAAAGAGUUGCUUUGGAGAGCUACCAUCUAUGUGGGAAAUCAGAAAUAUCUCUGACUUCCCCUGGAUGUUUCCAAAUUAGAGCCUGCCUUGGAAUUACCAUCCUUUGUUCACUCACUUUUAGCAGAGCAUCUAGACAAUAUCAGUGUUAGGCCAUUGCAGACCAGUGCUUUCUGUAUUGUUCACCAGUGCUUUUUCAGUUCUGAUUUAUGACAUUUUAUGUUUGGGUGCAAUAAGAUGCAAAUCUUAUUGCACUAACGCAGCCAGUGUCAACAGGAAAAGUUGCUAUUGAGGCUUUAGGGGGCUCCUUUGCCUUUAAUUAAAGGUUCCCGGUUUGCCACUCUUUAUCCUAUUGAUCCUGGCUGGGAGACUAGAAAUGAAUUACCCUUGAAAAGCUUGUCUUAAUUGGCUCAGUGUCCUGUCCUACAGGGUGACAGCUUUAAAUAAUGAUUUCCACUCUUGUUCCCUUUUCUUUUCUAUUUAGUAAAAUAGUAGGACACUGAAGAAUUAAGAAAGGCUAUUGCAUGAGGCAGUUAGUAAUCUUUCUGCUGUGGUCAACAGAGUUUCCAACAGGAAACCUUUUUAUUAAUGUUAGAGGACCUUUCACUGAAGGUGGCUAUAUUUGUGAGUAAACAUUAUAGAAUAGCAUUGUAAUAAAGGUUGUGUGGGAUAUCCAUUUUAAUUCAAAAUGGAAAAGCCUCCAGGACAUUGGGUACUCCAGCAUAAAAGCAACCUCUCUCAGUCUGCCAUAAUCUCUCAGUGUUGCUCCUUGCAAUCUAUAAAUAUUUGUGUAUUUAAAUGAUCCUCCUCCUAUGCAAUAUUUGAUUGCAAAGUCACUUGAAUAACACAGAUAGGGUCCAGAGAGAGAGAAAAUCCUGAUCACACUUCAAUGAGGAAAACUGAACGAAAACAGGCUAUAGUUUAAGGAUAAAAGAACAGAGAGGUUUGUACAUAGCAGGGAGACAUUCAACCAAGCCUACAGAGGAAAAGCUCCCUCAGAACUACACAGCCAAUCAGGGCAUGUGCUACCUCAGCAAAUAUCAUGCCAUUCUGCCGACUUGCUAAGUGACACCUCCACCUGUCCCCUUCUUGGCUAGAUGACUUUAACACUAAAAUAAUUAACCCUUAAGUUGUACAUGUAAUGUUCUAUUCUUACCUUCAUCCCCCAGUCGCAGCCUGGCUGAUUUGUCUGAACUGGAGAGGACAAGCUAUAGCAGUGCUAGCUUUCUGAAUAGCAGCCCCCCGAAAAGGUAGGACCGUUUGUCAACCUGGAAAGCUUCAUUAUAACAAAUAAUUACAAUGUCCAAGUGAUAAUUCCUACAAAGGGACAUUACAUACUUUGGAACUAAGGGGCAAUUUUUAAAAAAGGUUUUUAUAUAAGGAGCCUAUUGGGUUGCUCACACAAAGUUAUUUUCCUCUUUUUUCUCAUGCAUUUUUUUCUUCUUUCUUGCACUAGAUUUAGAUUUUAAAAAAACUUUUGCACAAAAUUGGAAAAGGAGGAAAUCUGGGGAAAUGAAAGAUGUUGUUUAGAAGUAGAGGCUAUGAGUUCCAUGGCCUUGUGUAGGGAAGGCAAGAAAAAUACAGCAUUGUGGACAACUGAGGAUCAGAUCUCCUGAUGUUUGUUUUUGUUCACUUAAAUCAGUCAAGAGGAAGGCUUCAGUCAAGAGCAGUGACACUUGAUGGGCAAGUUGGUGGUGGUUAACCCAUUCCCCUUAUAUGCAUUCCUUAGUCCUCCUCCUCCUUUACUUCAGGCCAACUGAAGACAUCUGCACUUAUUGUGGCCGUGAGAUCCGCAACUGUGCUAAGAUAACCAUUGAGAACCUCAGAAUCUGCUGCCAUGAGUACUGCUUCCGGGUAGGUCCCUCUUUUUGCCACAAGACAUGCGUAUGGAUCUAUAUGGCAAGGGAAUAAAUGGGGAGGUUAUAUCAUAUGGGAACCACCUCACACUUAUUAAUUGGAAACCUUUGAAAACAAUAGUAUACAAAUAUCAAGAUGUCUUAUUUCACCACACCAAGACCAGGCACAAAAGUAGGGUAUUGGUUACACAAUUAAUUAUCUGCUAUGGGUCCCUGGGCUCUGUCAGUAUCUGGUACAGUUUGGCAGCCCCAGACAGAAGAGAAGGACGAGGAAGGAGAAAGAGCAGCUGAAAGCUGAAAGCUCGGCAACCGGGGUGGAGGAGAGAGAAGGGAGGACCUUCCUGUGUAAGAUGGGGAAGCAGAUCUUCCAGCUGUCUCCACCAUCCCUCCUGCAGAUGAUAAUUCAAGGAAAUUUAGCAUUCGGUGUGUUUCAGAAUCUUCACAAGCACCUGUUCUUUGUGUGGCUGUAUAACUGAUGUGCAAUAUUUGAAAAUAUUAAUAAGCUUUCUGCCUGUCCAACCAAGAUGUGUGAAUAAAUAUCUUCUUUUGUAUGCUGCCACCCUACCAGUGUGGGAUUCUUCUGUAUAGAUCCUUCUUUUUUGGGGGGCAUAUUUCAAUUGCAGCUAUUUCUUCUUUCUCUCUCCACAGUGUGGGAUUUGUCACAAGCCAAUGGGAGAUCUCCUGGAUAAAAUCUUCAUUCACCGGGACAUUGUCCACUGUGAUAAGUGCUACGAGAGGCUCUUCUAAGUGAGUGGGGCCUUCUCUCUGAAGCAUUAAAAUGGGAUGGAGAGGUAGAGGACAGGAGGAGGGAAAUACAGUAGUAUAGUAUACAGCAUUGAUCUUCAACCUUGGUUCCCUUGACAACGUUGGACUAUAACUCCCAUCAUCCUUUCCAUUGGCUAAUCUGGCUGGGGCCGAUAGGAGUUGCAGCAUCUGGAAUGAGACCCAUGGUUGAAAAAACACUGAGGCAGAGGCUAAAUACCGAAACAGAAAUAUUGCUGAUUAUAUCUACCUAUCUAUAACUUUUAACUAGUGCUGUACACACGUGGUCUAUAUAGGAAUUUUUCACCCUAUCUAUAGGCUGAGUAAUUUAGGGGACAUUUCACUGAAUUUCAUUAGGGGAAGGAAAAAUUGUCCAACGGUUUCUUUCCCUUCUCCUUUUUAUUCAAAGUUUUUUUGAAAUUUGCAGGGAGGAUACAUCCCACCCUGCAAUCACUCUGCAAAAACCAAUCACCCCCCAGGAUACAGUAAAUUCUCCAACAGUUUCUUACAGAGCAGACCUUACUGUAAGUGGUAGCAAUAGCACAGCUUCUCCCUCCUGCAAACACACAUCCAUGGCUUAGCAGCGGCAGGAUCAACUGUAUUGGCAGUCAGGUCACCAUUUUGCGCCCUUCACAGUGCCCUGGCCUUAGCUGCAUUUUGAAACAUUGUGGGAGUUAAAUGGCAGCCAAAACACACACACACACACACUUUAAAAAAUGGAGUAAAAUGGCAGAAUAUUAAUUUUUUUGUGAGGUGGGUGUGGGAAUGGGAAUUUUCUUUUCUUUUCUUCUUUCUUUUCACCUCAGCUUAACUUUAAAUUCAGUGGGUUGUUUUACUUGGGAAUGGCUUUGUGAAGUUAAUGGACCUAAGUCAGUCAUAGCCAUUCAUUUCAAUGGGCCUACUCUUAGUAUGAUUAACAUUGGAUACAUUCCCAGUCCCUGACAUCAGCAACAUAUGGAUAAUAAUGUCCUGCAUUGUCGGAUGUUACAGGUAAGGAAUGUGGGAUACUUUCAACACUGUUAAGGCAUUCUAGGAAUGCUAAUGAUAUGUUUUGUCAUUGUCACUGUAACUGCUGUAAUUAUAUACUAAUAAUAUGCUUGGCACCGAUGAUGCAGGCACAGUGUGGCUGCGAUGCAUAAUGUAGCUGCAUCUGGAUCACGUAAACUACUUAUUACUAGUUCCUUUCCUCCAGGGAAAUCAGGAUAGUAUACGUGAUCCUUUUCUCUCUUGCCCAUUUUAUCCUCAGGUGAGGUGAAUUAGGCUGAGUGUAUGUAACUGUGCCAUAGUCACCCAGUAAGCUCCAUGGCUGAGUGGAAGGGUUUGAACCCUGGUCUUGCCAGUCUUUGUCUGCCCUUCUAAUAUCUCCUCCCUCCAGGAGGUAGGGCCAUAGCUUACUGGUAGCUCACUUUGCAGUUAGAAGGUCCAGGUUCAAUCCCCAGCAUCUCUAGGUAGGGCUGGGAAUGUCUCCCUGCCUGAAACCUUGGAGAGCCAUUGCUAGCCAAGGGGGACAAUACUCAGAGCUCAUGCCUGAAAAAGCAUUGCCCUACUCCUUCCCCAGGGAAAACUCACUCUGUAGUGCUGAAUCAGAGUAAACGUCAAUGCGGAGGAAACAUGAAUUUGAUCCAGCUAAAUGCUAAAGAGCUGUUUUCCCCUGGGGAAAGCAGUGGGAGAAGAGGAAGUGUGGAUGGGGCCUGAGUUAGAUGGACUAACUGUCUAACUCAGGAUAAGUAAGCUUCCUACAUUCCUAUGGCUGCUCUGCUGUAGCAGCCAAUCUGGUUGUCAGCCUCCCCCCAUCUUUGGCUAUUGACUGGCAGCAGCGGCAGCAGCUCAAUUUUGCAGUAGUUGCCUAUAUGCGGUGGUAUAUUGCCACUAUGCUGUUUUGCACCACUUGCUGCUGCUGCUGCUUCUCCUUCUUCUUCUUCUUCUUCUUCUUCUUCUUCUUCUUCUUCUUCUUCUUCUCCUUCUUCUUCUUCUUCUUCUUCUGCAGAGUGCCACUGCUUUGCUGUGUUCAUUGCCUAACCAGUUCAUUAACGUCCAUUCAUUCUCCAAUUUUCUCUUAGAUUUCCAUCGGCCAGAAGAGCCUAACCCAAGAGAAGACCGUAGCCCACAUGGGCCAGGAUGA